AAAUUAUUUUUAAAUUGGAAUUGUAGUAGGAUCUGUGUCUAUGUGUGUGGCUUAUGUGUGUACCAAAUUUUAACAGUGUUGUUGCUCCACUGACUGAGUAACAAAGAACAAGAAGUUUCAAUGGACGCUGGAGUGUCAGAACUCAUUUGAUAGUUUGAAAACUGUAUUAACCACGACACUAGUUUUGGCAGUACCCAAUUGUGCCAAGCAGUUUAAAUUGGCCGUUGGUGUGAGUGAUAUAAGCAUUGAGGCUGUACUGUUACAAGAUGAUGAUGCUGGAAUUGAAAAGCCGAUAGGAUAUUUUUCACGGAAGCUGAAUGUACAACAGAGAAGAUAUUCAACAAUCGAAAAGAGACCUUGGGUUUGUUGUUAGCAUUGCAGCAUUUUGAAAUAUAUGUUGCAGACAAUUCAUCAGAAACAAUUAUUUAUACAGACCACAAUCCUUUGAAGUUUUUGGACAAAUUUCGAGAGAAAAUAGCAAGACUUUUCAGGUGGAAGAAUACAUGUUUCUGCCAUCAUGGCUACAGAGGAAUCAGGGUCUUCAUCAAAAUCUAUAUGUAAAAUCAUGACUUUCCGGCCUACAAUGGAAGAGUUCAAGAAUUUUUCUAAGUACAUUGCAUACAUGGAAUCUCAGGGUGCACAUAGGGCUGGCCUCGCAAAGGUGAUUCCACCAGAGGGUUGGAAACCUAGAAGAAAUUAUGAUAACAUUGAUAACUUGGUUAUUCCUGCUCCGAUUCAACAAAUGGUCACUGGACAGUCGGGUCUGUUUACGCAAUAUAACAUACAGAAAAAGCAAUUGACUGUAAAGGAAUUCAAAUGCUUGGCCAAUAGUGAUAACAGAUACUGCACUCCUCGACACCUAGAUUAUGAAGAUCUUGAACGUAAAUACUGGAAAAAUUUGACCUUUGUGGCACCAAUCUAUGGAGCAGAUGUCAGUGGCAGUCUGUAUGAUGAGGAUAUUGAUGAAUGGAAUAUCAGCCGUUUGAAUACAAUUUUGGAUGUGGUAGCAGAAGAAAGUGGCAUUGCUAUCGAAGGUGUGAACACACCGUAUUUAUACUUUGGCAUGUGGAAAACAACUUUUGCUUGGCAUACUGAAGAUAUGGAUCUGUACAGCAUUAACUAUCUACAUUUUGGAGAGCCAAAAUCUUGGUAUGCAGUACCCCCAGAGCAUGGGAAGAGGCUGGAACGCCUUGCACAAGGUUUCUUUCCAAGUAGCUCCCAGGGAUGUGAUGCUUUCUUACGUCACAAGAUGACCCUUAUCUCUCCUUCCAUACUAAAGAAGUAUGGGAUUCCUUUUGACAAGAUUACACAAGAAGCAGGGCAGUUCAUGAUCACUUUCCCCUAUGGUUACCAUGCUGGCUUCAAUCAUGGAUUCAACUGUGCUGAGUCAACAAACUUUGCCACCAUUCGAUGGCUUGAUUAUGGAAAAAUAGCUAAACAAUGUACCUGCCGGAAUGACAUGGUCAAGAUAUCCAUGGAUAUCUUUGUUGAAAAAUUUCAGCCAAGCAGAUACACACUCUGGAAACAAGGGAAAGACAUUCAAACUAUUGAUCACACAAAACCCACUCCAGAAUCAACUCCUGAGCUAGAGGCUUGGCAGAAGCAAAGAAAAGCAACUCCAAGGAAAUCUAGAAUGCCUGUGGGCAGUCUUUAUCAGUUAAGAACUCGAUCUAAAAAGCUAAAACCUCUAGAAGAUGAAACAGCAUUGAGCAAACCUGUGACUAAAGAAACAACUGCAGCCAAAACAUUUACAGAUGUUAUCAAUAUCAAAGAAGAGCUUGGUGGGGGAGCACAGAAAGAAGAGUCUAGCAAUACGGAAAUAGUGAGUACUGGAGAAGAAAGUAUUGUGGAAAUCCAGCUGGAUCAGAACCAAUUGGAUAAAACCCAGUUACCAGAAUUUGCUUCCAAUCUUGCCAACACCAAGUGCAAAAAUAAAGCUAAUGGAAAGAGAAAACUGGAUGAUUGUUUAUCACUAACACCGAUGGACAAAUUUGAUGCAGUCGACAACUCUUCAGAAUACUCAGAAGAUACAAAUGUUGACCUUAAGAUCCAAGUGGAGACCAACACAGCCAAGGGUCUGCAGAAAUGUAAAGAGGAGGAUAUGCUCCACAAGAAGGCCAAAUUGUGUCAGAAAUCAUUUGAUGAUAUUGCUACAGAAACUGAACAGGACUGCUGGAAACGACGUGAAACUAGCAGUGUCUCCACGGAGGAGGAAACCAGCGAAGCUGAGAGUGGAGAAAAUGGCUUAGAGCCUGGAGAAAUACCAAGUUUUCCAGAACAAUUCAUCAGAAGUGUAGGGAAAAAGAAAUCAGCCAAGAGUCGACGCCAUCCAUUGUGCAAACCGCCUGCUAGAUCACCAUCAACUCUUGUUAAACAAGAAUUGAUUAGCGAUGAGGAAUUGGUUGAUUCCACAUCCACUGAAGAAGAGGUAAAUGAAACUCAGCCUUGGGCCAAACCUCUUAUCCAACUCUGGCAGAAUAAACCACACAAUUUUCAAGCAGAGAAGGAGUAUAAUGAAGAAGCUUCAAAAAUGGAACCAUAUUGUGCCAUUUGCUCACUUUUCUUUCCUUAUUACCAGCCUGAUCACCUCAUGGAAAGAAGAUCCCAAAUCAAAACUGAGACAGCUGAGCUCCCACCGUCCAAGCAACAUAAAACUAAACCGCUUAUUCCAGAAAUGUGUUUUACAUACAGUGAAGAAAAUAAUGAUCUCUACCCCACCAAUUCAUUUAUUGAAGAGGAUGGAACUAGUUUGCUGAUAUCCUGUGCAAAGUGCUGUCUGCAGGUUCAUGCAAGUUGUUACGGUGUUCCGCUUCAUGAAAUCCACGAUGGUUGGACCUGCUCUCGUUGUAUAAUUGGUGCAUGGACUGCAGAUUGUUGCCUGUGCAAUCUGAGGGGUGGUGCACUUAAGCAGACUACUGAUAAAAGGUGGGCUCACGUGAUGUGUGCUGUCGCAGUUCCAGAAGCGAGAUUUGCGAAUGUGGUAGAUCGCAGUCCAGUGGACGUCACCCGGAUACCUUUGCAAAGAUUGAAGCUUAAAUGUGUUUUCUGCAGAAAGAGAGUUAAGAAGACUUUGGGUGCUUGCAUUCAGUGUUCAUAUGGACGUUGUCCAACAUCCUUCCACGUAACUUGUGCCCAUGCAGCAGGAGUUAUAAUGGAACCAGAUGACUGGCCAUAUGUAGUCCUCAUCACAUGCUUCAGACACAAGACAAAUCCAAGUGUAAAAAGCAAAACUUUAUUUCAAGAUUUGUCAGUUGGACAGACGGUCAUUUCUAAACACAAGAACGGAAGAUAUUAUAGUUGCAGAGUGACUGGGAUUUCAUCACAGACCUUCUAUCAAGUCAUAUUUGACGAUGGUUCCUUCAGUGAUGAUCUGUACCCUGAAGACAUUGCUAGCAAAAAUUGCUUAGAGCUUGGUCCUCCAGCAGAGGGAGAAGUUGUCCAGGUGAGAUGGACUGAUGGACUGCUCUAUGGUGCCAAAUUUGUGGCAUCAAACAUUAUUUACAUGUACCAGGUUGAGUUUGAAGAUGGCUCCCAACUCGUAGUAAAACGUGACGACGUUUAUACAUUAGAUGAAGAACUACCAAAACGGGUUAAAUCACGACUUACUGCGGUUCAGUAUGAAGCACCAGGUGUGAAAAGCAGCCAGAACCAACAGCAUGCCAACUGGGGGAAAAUGCCUGCCAACUGAUUCAACAACUACAGCUCCCAAUCAACCUUGAAAGUGGGUCAGUGGUAUAUAGUUGCAUUGAAAGGUGCAGUGCUAAUGUGAACUGGGAAGGCAAAUGCCAGCAUGGACUAAGAGAAGGGGAGGAGAGUAAACUGGAACUUGUCAUAAUGAAACCUGAAGUUUGCCCCAACAUUCCAUCACUUGCAUGGUGGAAAAUUAUGUCAAAAAUUUAAAUGUUUUUCAUUCUUGUGGAGAAUUGGGAGUUAUUUGGGUAUAAAUUAUGGGGAUAUUAAAACAUUUGUCUUUGAGGACUAAAUAGCUACACAUCACUGAAUCUCAAGCAGCACAUACAAGGUUUAAAUUUGUGUUCCCAUUGAUUUCCUUUUUUUUUCAAGCUGACAUAUCUUAGUGUUCUAAUUCAGAAUUUAUCCACAAAAAUACAACUGCACUAAAAGCAACUGUUUCCUGGUCUACAGGCGGUGCUCUUCAUCUCUUCCCCACUUCUUUUCUCCCCCUCUAUUCAUGCUGGCAUUCUUCUCCCUCCUCACACUUCUUACUGGAACUUCUCUCUCCUCUACCCUUUUAGACUGGCAUUCUUCUUCUAACCUUUUGUAGUUCAUGCUGGCAUAUGUUCCCAUCAAAAUGGCACACUUCUCUCAGUUUACCUCCCCCCUCCCCCGCCUCGUCUCACAUUGGUAGUUUCCUCACUGUCCGUGCUCAGUCCACAUUGACACACCUUUGCACUGGCACUUUUUCCCCCUUUUAAUUCAUGCUCUUUUCAUCCUUGCUCAGUUUACUCAUUUCCCCUUCCUGCAGUUUGUGCUGACAUUUGUUUCCCAGUUCACAUUAAAAUUGUUCUUCCUCAGGCCCACCCCACACCUCCCAUUCAAGUUGGCAUCCCCUUUUUUUCCCAUUUGACAGUGUUCUCUCUCUCAGAUCAUGAUGCCUUUAAUUUCCUCCAUUCCUGUUGGCUGCCACCCACUUUCAGAACCUUGUCCUGGUGCUAUCUCAUGUAAUUCCUGUCCAUGGCAGCAUUUCACUCUGGAAGUAAGAUUAGGAUCAACAAUGGUGGCAGAGCAGGGAGCACCUGGGCAUGAAGAGGUGUACCUUACUGGCAUACGCUGCAAAUACCCAUUGAUGUCCCUGCUCCCGGCUUGUCUCUGAUGAACAUAAAAUAUUAAACAAUAGGAGUAACUGAGAUUGGAGUUGUGCUGUACCUGCAGGAUGGCAUCUUGGAGUGGUUUGAAUAUUCUCCUUUAAAUGAUAUUUAUGCUCUUGUUUGUUUAAUGUUGCUGGUAUGAAAUAAUGCAGCAUUGAAAACCAUCAGUAACACCUGUGAAAUAGACCUAUUACAUGCUGAAAAUGGUGCAGAUGCCUAAUUUGAUUUAAGUAAUCCUGUGUUCAAUAGCAGUCUGCCUUUUGACUAUGUCCUCAACAUCUGUAACAUCCUGUUCUCUUUAAAAAAAGCAGAUAUUUUAGCCCUGAUUGUUUAUUUGACGUUGAAGCUAAUGAAAUAAGUGAAACAGCAGCUGCAUAGAGAGCCUUUUGUACAUUACCAAUGUUUGAGCUUUUGCACUUCCCUGACAAUGUAUCUUUGUUUGUUAGUCUUCAGCUUCAGACAUGCGCUAUGAAGCUACAUUUUCCACUGAGAAUGUUCAGGCAAA